AUGGAGUGUCUUACCUUAGAAAUCAACAAUAUUUCAGCGAAAGACCUCAAGAAUGUCAACCUUAUCANUCUCUCUCUCUGUCUCUUCUCGAAUUUCAGAUCAAAAAAUGGAGUGUCGUACCUUAGAAAUCAACAAUAUUUCAGCGAAAGACCUCAAGAAUGUCAACCUUAUCANUGCAGAAUAAAGAUGCGGCCUCUCGACGCGAACGAAACCACCCAAGUCUUCGAGAAGUUGUUCAAAUUUACAGGUAACAACCUCAAAAACAUCUUCGAAAACCCAUCUCACGAAGGCCCUGAACCAAACCAAGGUCGAUAUUGCUUUCGUUUGCAAAAGAACAGAGUCUACUAUGUGAGUGAAUCUCUAGUCAAGCGAGCCACAAAGAUCAAACGAAACAACUUGGUCUCUUUGGGCACAAGCAUUGGCAAAUUCACAAAAGGUGGGUUAGGGAGAAUUACUGAGAACAUUGUGGCUGGUGAUGGGGUGGUGGUGUUUUCAAUGUCGGAUGUGCCGCUGGGGUUUGGAAUUGCAGCGACGACUACGCAGAAUUGUAGGAAGAUGGAUCCCAAUGGGAUCGUUGUGCUGCACCAGGCGGAUAUUGGGGAGUAUUUGAGAAUGGAGGAUGAGCUUUGA